AUGGAUCCCACCACUACGGAUAAAACCCUGAGAGGGCUUAAGCAGGUUGGCCAAGAGCUAUGGGAUGUUGCUCUGCGUCCCUGGGAGUCUGGAGUUCUGCCGACUCCUGAUGCUCUAGCCAAAGCACGCAUGACCCUCCUGGAAGACCUUCCAGACCGAGGACACGGCCUAGAACGGACCAAAGAUCAUCUUCUACAUGACAUUGUACCGGGCUUCAAUGGCAGCAGCCUGAGUGCAAAUUACUAUGGCUUUGUGGUCGGAGGAGUGACACCGGCUGCUUUACUAGCGGAUAACAUAGCCUCUAUCUAUGACCAAAACGUCCAAGUCCAUAUGAACGAGCACUCUGUUGCCACCGAUGUCGAGUCAAAAGCGCUGGGUCUCGUUGUGGACUUGCUGAAGCUUAAUCGACGGACUUGGCAUAAUGGCACUUUCACAACAGGUGCGACUGGCAGCAACAUCAUGGGUUUGGCCUGUGGCAGGGAGUUCGUGUUGAGAACAGCAGCAGAACGACGGGGCAGCUCGAUCCGGAGUGUCGGUGAGCAUGGGCUCUUCGAAGUUAUGCUGGCGGCUGGCCUGAAAGGGAUACAAGUCCUCUCGACGAUGCCUCAUUCUUCAGUCGGGAAGGCUGCAGGGAUCCUGGGAAUAGGCCGCUCAAGUGUCAAGAGCAUCUGCACGUCGCAAAAGAACCCACUUGAAAUCGACAUGGGUGUCUUGGAAAAAGAGCUCUCGAACCAGGAUCGAGCCAGUAUCGUCGUCGUCUCCUGUGGUGAAGUGAACACGGGCCAUUUUGCAACGAAUGGCAAGAAACAAAUGCUAGAGCUACGACGCCUAUGCGAUAAGUACGGCGCAUGGAUACAUGUUGACGGGGCAUUUGGCAUCUUUGGGCGUGUCCUGGACCCCGCCGAAGAAGAUUUCAGAACCAUCACCGCAGGCUGUGAAGGUAUGGAACUGGCAGAUUCCAUCACCGGGGAUGCACAUAAAUUCCUAAACGUCCCCUAUGACUGUGGAAUCUUCCUCUGCCGCCAUACACCAUCAAACUUAACCGAAGAUGUUUUCCGCAACGCAAAUGCAGUGUAUUUGAACUCUGCAGCUAGUGAAGGCGCGACGGUUCCGUCGCCAUUGAAUAUUGGGAUCGAAAACUCUAGACGGCUCCGGGCCCUUCCUGUUUACGCUUCGUUGAUGGCCUAUGGCAGGAACGGGUUCAAAACCGUUCUCGAAACGCAGAUUCGCUUUGCCCGUAUGGUGGCUGGCUGGCUCUAUGACCAUCCCGCUUAUACUCCCCUGCCCGUGGCACGCAGUGAAGAUGAGCUGUGUGCUCAAACCUUUAUGGUUGUGCUCUUUAGAGCAAAUAACGAGUCGCUCAACCAGGAGCUAGCCAAGAGGAUCAAUACUACAUCCAAAAUGUUUGUGUCUGGCACCUCGUGGGACGGCAAGCCAGCAUGCCGGAUUGCCGCUUCCAACUGGAGAACAGACGUGUUGAGGGACUUUGCAGUCGUGACCGAUGUGCUGGAAAAAAUUGCGAUGGCCAGUUCAAAUGGUGUUCAUUAA